UGUUACGAUUUCACUUUUUAUAUGUUUGACAUCGCAUAAUCGUGUAGGUUCACGUAGAUUAUAAGUAAACCUUGUUCUAAUAACUAGCAUGACUUUAAAAUCUAAGGGGCUGCAUAAUGCCCAAGAGGAAGAAAAACAUUGGCCUCAGAUUUUAGCUACUCUCAUUGUGAGCCUAGCACCUCUCAGUAAUGGAAUCUUCAACUCGUGGGUUUCUCCUUCCAUCCCAUAUAUGCUUCAACACAAGGAUUAUCACCUUACAGAGGAUGAAGCAGCGUAUUUCACCGUCAUCCCGUCGAUAGCUACCAUGAUAUCAAGCGUAUUCUGCUAUCGUCUUUUGGACUUCAUCGGAAGAAAGAAAACCAUGUUGCUAAUAGCAAUACCUCAUCUCGUUGCUUGGAUUAUUAUAAUUUUUGACCAACACACGUGGACAUUAUAUAUCGCUAGAAUAAUGUCAGGUGUUGCCGAUGCCGCCAUGUAUUGCGCAACUCCAGCCUAUAUAGGUGAAAUUACUACUCCCACCGUCAGAGGAAUAAUGGGCAAUUCUAUUAAUUUCAUGAUGACUCUGGGGGAGUUCGGCAUAAAUUUAUCUGGUCACUUCUCGGAUGUCAAAACAACGGCGUACGUGUGCAUUGCAAUUCCUAUUUGCUAUGUGCUCUUACUGUCCCGGAUGCCAGAAUCACCUUAUUACCUUUUAAAGAUUGGAAAACUUGAAUCUGCCAAAGCAUCGUUAACCUGGUUGCGCAGGAAGGAACACACCGCCAAAGACUUUGCGAAGCUGAACAGCGAGAUUCAGCGCCAAGUAUCUGAAACUGGGACCUGGCUGGAUCUUCUAACAAAAAAGAGCAACAGAAGGGCCCUGCUGAUUGGAAUAUUUCUGCGGUUUUCGCAACAGUUAAGCGGUAUCGCUAUCUUUCUUAGUUACACUCAACCAAUUUUCCAGAAGACUGGCAAUUAUUUGUCCGCUCAACUAGCUUCUGAUAUCUUCUUCGGACUAUUUUCCGUCAUAUCGUUGAUCGGUAGCUUUACGGUAGAAAAAUUCGGUCGGAAGGUUUCUUACUUUUAUACAGCACUAUUUUGUGGCAUUAUAUUGUUCCUUCUAUCGAUAUAUUUUUUCAUGGAUCAAUAUCGAUUUGUCGACACUUCGCCGUGGAAUUGGAUUCCUUUAUUCGGGAUGUUUUUCUUUGUAAUUUCUUUUUCUCUUGGUGUCGGAGUAGUUCCCACACUGAUGUUGGCGGAACUAUUUUCAGUAAAAGUAAAAGCCAAAUGUCUUUGUGUAUUAGUUAUAGUCCAUGGUUUGUCCUCUUUCCUUACAAAUUUUAUUUUUCACCAGCUGAGCAUGCACGUCAGACUUUACUGUCCUUUUCUCGUAUUCUCUUUCAACUGCCUCAUUUCUGCCGCAAUUACUUUACGUUUUUUACCUGAGACUAAAGGCAAGACCCUCGAAACAAUACAACAGGAUCUGAAGAGAGGGUUAAGUACGUUUUAGUUGUAAUUAGGGUCAAAAUAAUUCUUCAAUCUUAUUCUAAUUUAUAUAGUUUCACUUCACUUUAAUGUAGUUUCAUUCUAUUCGAACAAUCGUACAUAAUUAGAACGCUGAUAAUAAAAAAACGUAUUGCCAGUGUUUUUUUUUAAUUAACUAAUG